GCGUGAUUUUUAAAACCCCAAAGUUUUCACUUUGGUUGUAGGGCAGGAAACUAAUUAACAAUUACAUAUGGGUACUCCUACUUCCUUUUUCUGAUUCAAGCUACACUCAACUGUUUUAGAAGAGCAGUUUCCCAGACCUCUCCUUGGAGCUGUGACUGACUACGGUGUAGGCAAGGAGCACGAGGCAAGCGCUACCCGUGAGCAAAUGCCUGGUUCAUUCUCACCCUGUGUGGCCUUCACGGGACUGUGGCUGACUCUACUGGUUGUGACCCCUGUCAAUGGACAAUAUGAAGCUGCACCGAAGUCUGUGAUUUCCCUUCAGCCUCCAUGGACCACUUUCCUUGAAGGAGAGGCCGUCACUCUGGCUUGUUAUAGAUUUGGCUUCUACUCACCCCAGAAAAUAAAAUGGUACAAGGAAAGAAAAAUACUGAGGCAAUUCCAAGACAGACCUACCUUAGUGGUCCACAAGUCCGGAGACUAUGGGUGCCAAGCAGACAGCUUACCUCCGAGCAUGCACGUGCACUUAGAGUUCUCUAAAGAUUCCCUGGUGCUGCAAGCUCCACCUACUGUGUUCAAAGGAGACUCUGUGGUUCUGAGGUGCCAUGCAAAGGAAAGCAUAGAGGCAAAGACCUUGAAAUUUUCCAAGAAUGGUCAAGAUCUGAAAUUACCUCAUCAAAAUUCUGAGCUCCAUAUUCAUAAUGCAAAUCAGCAGCACAACGGUCAAUAUAAAUGCACUGUGAAGAAGUGGUUGUCCUCCUUUUCUUCUAAUACGGUCAGAGUCCAAGUCCAAGAGUUGUUCCCAUAUCCUGUGUUGACGGCCAGACCUUCCCAACCUAUAGAUGGAAGCCCAGUGACCCUGACCUGUCAGACCCAGCUCCCUGCACAGAGGUCAAAUGCCCAGCUCCAGUUCUGUUUCUUCAGAAACAGCCAGCUUCUGGGGUCAGGCUGCAGCAGCUCCUCAGAGUUUCGCAUUCCUGCCAUAUGGACUGAAGAGUCAACACGGUACUGGUGCAAGGCAGAAACAAUGAAUUCCCAAGCUGGAAAACAAAGUACACUGUUCACAAUUCCAGUGCAGAGAGCUUCUGCGGACUUCCAAACACGCAUCAUCCCAGCCUCAAAGUUGGUGUUCGAAGGGCAGUUGCUGUUACUCAGCUGCUCAGUAAAAAGAGUCCCAGGGCCCCUCACACUCUCCUGGUAUAAAAGGGACAUGCUGAAUAAAGAAACAAAGCUUCCUAAGUCCUCAGAAGCAGAAUUCAAGAUCUCCAAGGUGAACAUCAGUGACGCAGGAGAAUAUUACUGUGAAGCUAACAACAGCCGCCGAAGCUUUGUCAGCGGGGCAGUUCCCAUCACUGUAAGAGUCCCAGUAUCUCAACCAGCUCUCACCCUAAGCAUGGGCAAGACCCAGGCCCUUGAGGGAGACUUGAUAACACUUCAUUGUCAGUCCCAGAGGGGCUCUCCAUGUAUCCUGUAUGAGUUCUACUAUGAGAAUGUCUCCCUGGGGAACAGCUCUACACUCAGUGGAGAAGGAGCAUCCUUCAAUUUCUCUAUGAGCACAGAGCGAUCUGGAAACUACUACUGCACAGCAGACAAUGGCCUGGGAGCCCAGCGCAGUGAGGCUAUAAGGAUUUCUAUCUUUGACAUGAAAAAGAAUAGAAGUGUUUCUGUGGUCGCCGGAAUGAUUGGAGGACUUCUCAUCAUGGCUGUCGGAGGGUUUCUGUUUUAUUACUGGUUCUCUAGAAAAGCAGGGGGAAAGCCUGCCUCUGAUGACUCCAGAAGCCCUUCAGAUUCCGAACCCCAGGAGCCCACCUAUUACAAUGUGCCAGCCUGUAUAGAGCUGCAGCCAGUGUACAGCAAUGACUCUAAAGAAGACGUGAUUUACACAGAAGUACGGAGAACUCAGCCAAGACAGAAACGUGCAGUUCAGGAGUCUGAAAGCCCAAGAUCAAGAUGCCAGAUGGCUGAGAAAAACUAGGACAUAUCUUCUCCAAGCUAAUCGUUUACCAUGAGACACAAAUGGUUGAUUGUUGAGAGUGGUCAUUGCAAAGUCCUUUAUUUAAAGGACCUGUAGAGACCUGAUGCCUGCUUCUACAGAGAAAUGGCAGCUGCAGCAUUGGGGAGAGGAGCCGGGUGCCUGCCGCUGUUAACAUAAAGCUACAGUUCGCUAUCAGCAUCAUCAGAGAUCUGAAAAGGGUGAAUUAUAGCAGGAAGCACCAUCCAAAUGUGUGUAUCAAGUAAAAUGACAGUGAGUGACUGCCACCUGGACAGUUGUCCUAGGCUGCUGUGGUCCCCAUGGCUUCACUGAGGGCAGAGGUAGCCGGUCUUUGGUUGUCACACAGGAUAGACAGACAGCAUUAGAUCUUUCACUGUCACACAGGACAGCACUGGCCUUUGACUGCCAGAUCCAGAAAGUCUGAGAGAUUUUUCUGUGGAGGAACUUGGGAAAACUGACCCACUUAGGCAAGGCAGAGUAGAGCGGUCAACUCAACAGUGUCCAUAAUUUGUGCAGAGCCUUGGUGGUAAGACAUGGGCAGUUUCAACCAGGGGUUAAUGGUACAGCAAUCCAGGUGAGGUAGUCUCUAUCCCGACAUCUUCUUUUGAGAUCUUACAGUUGCCUCUAGGAGCUUGCAGUCCUGUCUGUCAUGGAAAUAUUUUUUUUCAAUUAGACAUUUUAAAUGCCAUAUUCAGCAGAUCUCUGUAGAAGUUAAGUCCUGGUUUUUCCUCCCAGCCCUAUGCUCUCAAAAAUAAGACUCCAAUUCAAAAUAUAUUUACAGAUACCUUGGCCACACAGUUAGAUCUAUAGUUAGAUGUACUCUGACUAAAUCAUAACUAAAAUAACUCAAUUGUUUAUUCUACCAUGUGGCUGGUUACCUCUGCUCAGGUACCAUGAGUCCAUCUCCUAACAUCUUCCUGGGCAGAUCUCCCCAAGCCUGGAUCUAUUCCAGAAUUCUCUCUCCUCCUGCAUUUUUCCUGCCUAAGCUAUAGGCCAUCAAAUUUAUUAUUGACAGGUGCCACAUCCAUACAGACAUAAGAUACCCUCUCUACAGAUCUCUGAAGAUAUGUACAGAUAUCUACAGAUCUCUGAAGAGUUUGAGGAUCAUUAUGUGUUAUGUAUUCAUGAGUUAAACAAAAUUUACUUGUUUCUUGUUCUUAGUUACCAGUCUUAGGCUUAACCUUGAAAAUUUAUAUUGACUACUAAAUAAAGCUUGCCCUGUAAAUGAAUUACAUUUGUACUUAACACUGACUUAUGUGCAUAGUUUUGAGUAUGUUAAAGAAUUUGACCUUUUAUAGAGUGGCUUAGCAUUAACUUGCUUGUUUUAGUUAUCUUUAACAGUUUACAAGUUAGUAUCUUUAUAACAUUAGCAUUUUACAACUUUAUCUCUGCUAAGUUUUUUGCUUUUUUGUUUUUUCGAGACAGGGUUCUCUGAGUAGCCCUGACUGUCCUGGAACUCACUCUGUAGACCAGGCUCACCUCGAACUCAGAAAUCCGCCUACAUCUGCCUCCCAAGUGCUGGGAUUAAAGAUGUGCGCCACCACCAUCCAGCUAUCUCUGCUAAGUUUGAACCUUAAAACUUUGUGCUGAAGAUUUGAUUGAAGGUCUUCUAGCAUCAAAAUAAACCUUUAAGCCAUUAAGUGUAUUCCAUAGAAGGACUAGAAACUUUACAAAACCAUAAAUACAGUUCAUAUAGAGAC